AUGCUGUCGUCAGUUGAAUUUUAUCAUGAAAAGCAACAAGACUCUGCUAACUAUCAAAUUAAUAAGCCGAAAGAAAUGUGUGACACGUUUGUAGAUCAGACUAUACCUGAAGAAAUCCAUCCUAAAAACGAGUCAGAUGAUUAUUCUAGUGAUUUUAGCGAGACACAUUCUUCAGUUUCAUUGGAUGCCUUAACACCUGAACUUACAAAGCCAUAUUCUGCAUAUAAACCCAACAGCGUUACCCCUAAACUAUCAGCAGGAACAGAAAUUCAUGACACUGAAAAUUGUGAGUAUGUUUCAACGGGUCAACGUGUUCGCUGUGCUUUACUCAUUGAUCAAAUUACUGAUCGUAGUGACAAGAAAAACAACAAUGUAAUAAGAUUUAAACAGUCAGACAACUUGUUAUUUCAUCAACACGUUCAUUCUCGUGUAAAACGAAGAGCCAACGAUCUAUUUAAAUUGAUUGAUUUAUCUUUGGAUCAGCUAAUAAAUGUGUUUGAGUUAAAGCCCAUAGAUUGUUAUGAAUUUCUUAUGCCACGAUCAAAUGAAUAUAGAAACCGAAUUCAUCGUCAGGUUCAAACAAAUGAUGAUGCUUUGGAUCGAGAAGUACAAACGGAACCAAUUGACGUUUGUCAUGGUGUGUGGACUCAACAACCAGCUAAUGAAAACGGAGAUUUCUAUGGAAGAGACAGCAGCAACAAUUACUUUCCUUCAAAAAUACCUUAUGAUUUGACAGAUGAUGCUUCAAUGAAAACAGUUCUAGGUGAAUUAACCAGGGAAUUUUGUUUGGGAACUAACACUUGUAGUGCUGUCAUUGAGGAUACAAACAACAUUGCGAAUAUUCUGUUCGCGGAUGAAUCUAAAUUAUCAACAAAUUACAAUUUCAAAAAUUCUAAUAACUGUAGUCAACUACCGGACAGUUUUUCAGAAUAUCUUUAUUUAAUGCUGGAUAUAUUGAAUGAAGAAAACUUGGCAAGCACCACAUAUUUAUUCAAGAAUUGUAGUAAAAAUGAUAAUGAAUUCGAAUCAGAUGGAAGUGAUUAUGUAGAAAUUUUGUUUCACUCAACAGUUAGUCCUUUUUCGUAUGAAACAGAUGAUGAUAGUCAAAAAAUACCAAGUACAACUGCAGUGCCUAAUGGGGAUUUUAAUUCAGUGAAUGUUGGUGAAACAUACAAGCCCAAUAAUGCAUCUUCUUUUUGGGAAAACUAUGAAUGUGUUGCAUGCGAAUGUGCACCACAAAAUCAGUCGGUCAUUUUAACUAUUCACCGACCAGUCAAACUUAGUCAAGGACACGAACUGGAGCAUUGUUUUAAUAGCAGCACAAGAGCUGGUGAAUUUAUAUGUAUUUGGACGGCAAUCGGUUCAAAACAUCUGCCUGACCGUCUACUUUAUUGUCCAGGCCUAUCUGAAACUGGUUUAAAAGGCUCCAAUUUGAAUUGUGCAAUAUUCAGUCCAGAUAAGGAUGCGAGUUUGGUGAUUGCUGGUUUAUGUAAUGGUAGCUUAUCGAUUUGGGAUUUACAUAAUUAUUCAAGCGAAAUACUGAUGAAACCAACAAAUUUUGUAAUUUAUGAUGAUAAUAAUCCAUGCAGAUUUGGCAGUAUUAAUGGCUUUAAAAACUCAGGUUUACCUGUUGCAUUUCCGCCAACAUAUAUAACAUCAGCUGUCGAAGUCACUGAUUUCGCAACUAUGAAUGAUUCUAAAUCAGUAGACAAUUUUUAUAUAAAACAAUCCAGUCACUUCAAUCCAAUCAUCUCUAUUAAAAUUGCUGAUUUUAAUCAACAACUGGAGUAUUCCUCAGGAGUAAUUGAAAUAACCAAAAAUGUAGACAGAUUUCAAUUCGUUGCGUUAGAUGAUGUUGGCAACCUUAGUUUGUGGUUAGUUCUGAUGAUCGGGGGUGCAAACUACGGUUUGUCGCCUGGUAAAGGUUGGAUACGCCUAAUUCGCUUGUUAUUCAUUGAAAAUAAACUAACACAUCAUGUUCCGACCUAUUUAAACGAAAAUCCUUCGAAAUAUCGUGCUGACAAACAAACAAACGAAUCUAGUAACAAAACUAUAGCAACUUGUUUAGCUGUGGCUAGACAUGGAACUUUCUUGAUUGGUUGCAGCAACGGUAAGAUUGUCCACCGCAGACGUUCGUCUAGUCAAAUAGUUUAUCCUAAAUUAUUUUCAAGAAUAUUGUGUUGCGCUGCAGUGCAGACAAUAGCAGUUCAUCCAAACGAAUCAUUGCAUUUAUUUCUUGCAGGCUAUGCAGAUGGUAAAAUUUGUUUGUAUAAAAACAAAUUAUUUCCAACCAAUACUUGA